AUAAAGAGUAGCUCCUGUUAUACUAAUAAAUGACUCCUCUUUGGAAUUAGCAUUCCUGAAGCUUUAAUAAAGUAGAAAGAAAAAGGAAACACCUUAUCUUCUAGCCUGUUUAGAUGGGCAAGGCUGUGGACUAAGAGUGACAAGUUAGGAAACAGGCCUUCAAUGUUAGGCUUCCUAUUAGCACUAAGUCUGUUAGCACUAAGAGAAAUCUCGUCCUUUCCCCUAUUCUGAUCCCAUAUUGCCAUUUGAUUCCUCAUUGAUCAAGUUCAGUCCUCUAUAGACUAGAGUUAGUGUGAUUCUUUAGACUUUAGCAUUUAUCUAGGCCUUUUUGCAAAGUUAAAUUCUCUCCCAUGGCUUAAUUUUUGGAUUGUACAAUAUGUUUAGGUUAGAGUUUUUCCAGCUUUUUUGAGCUGAAAUCAGAAAUUAAGAGUCAAUAAAGAAUACUGGAAUUAUUUGAAAGCAAGAUUUUGGUCUUUACUGGAGGAAAGUUGUUCAAGUUUUAAUUGAUUCAUUAUUAUAUCUCAAUUUAUUCCUGGAAAGGAUUUAAGGUGACAGGUAUGUACAACGACUUUCUACUUUAUAGCCAAACUUCGUGAAAAAGUUGCUAACGUUCACUUUUUCACCUUCCAUUCACUCCUUCACCGUGAAUUUUUGGCUCUGCCCUACUCACCCACUGCAGUUCCUCACAGCAGAGUCACCAGGGGUCUCCAUCACUAACUGGACACAACUCUUUUUUUCUUUUCUUUUUUUUUUGCCAUGCCGCGUGACUUAUGGGAUCUUAGUUCCCCAACCAGGGAUUGAAUUUGGGCCCUCGGCAAUGACAGUGUGUAGUUCUAACCACUGGACUGCCAGGGGAUUCCCCCAGACAGAAUUCUUUAUAUGACCUUGCUGUAGGGUGUGUGAUUGCUCUUUAUUUUUAUGUACAUUUUUUAUUAUAACGGUAAUAUAUGUUCAUUGUGAAAAUUUUGGAAAAAGACAUAUGUAAUCUCUGUCCAGAAAACUUUUUCCUCAUUGAAUUUCUGUCACACUGUCUUGUUCCUUUCCUCAUAUUUCUCUUGGCCAGACUUGUGUCAGUCUGCCUACUAGAUAUCUCUAGCUUGCAUGCAGCAAUUUUUAAAAAAUGAACUUACCUUUUCCCCUGCUCCAAAUCUGCUCAGCUACCUUUGUCACCAUCUCACUAAAACGUAGCACUCUUCAUCCAGUUGCUGUAGCCUGAGGACCCAUCCUUGACUCCACUCCCUCAACCUCCAUUUAUAAUCAGUAGCUACAAUCCUGCCUGCUCUUCCUCUCUAACCCAUUUACUUCUGUCUGUCCGCCUUAGCUGGGACUUUGAUUAUUUCUCACCUACCUCACCUACCUUUUGAAUUUUUAGGACUUUUAAAAUCUUCUUUCAGGGCUUUUCUGACCUGUUUCUGUACCCUCAAGACUAAGCUUGGUGCUGGUGGUCUCCUCUCUUCCUUUCAUACACUCCUUCCUUCUCUGUCCUCUCCUUCCCCCUUCCUCCCCUUGUGGACUCCCAGCACCUGUACUAUCCUUAUAACACAUAUCACGUGCUGUCGUAAUUGCCUAUUUGAUUUUCUGUCUCCUUAAGGGCAGUAACUAUGUCUUAUUCAUAAUUGCACCACUAAUAUCCAGCCCAGUGUUUAGUAAAUUUCAGAUAAUACAUGGAUAGAAAGAAAUGGGUGGCAGUUAGUAUGAAAAAAGUUGGAAGCUGUUCCGUUAGUUUCAUGGCUCUGCCUGCCUUAAAAUUUGUGUAUUAGGUGAUAUGAUUGGCCUUCAUCUACUUGGUCCUGUGGUAAUGGUCUGUGAACAAGCUUCCGAAGUGUGAAUUAUGGUAGGGCGGGAGUGAAGCUGUGAUAGGUUGGCUGGGGUGGGCUCCAUGACCUUGCAUUUCAUUGAUAAAGAGGUUAGGCUUUCCUGUAGCUAACAACAGUGUAGCAGAGGUAAGAUAUGACAGCUAAAACUAGGGCAGUUGUGCUAGGGAUGAACAAGAAGGGAGGGUGACUUGGUGAUUGGAUGGGAGGAGGAAUCGAAGUGACUCAACUUUCUGGCUUGGUUGACCAGGUACUUGGUGCUGUCAUUAAAUAGUCAUUUUGAUUUUUGAGAUUCUUUUUGACAUCCAGGUGAGUAUGUCUGUUAGGCAUGUCAUAGGAUAUGACGUUUGGGAGAGCAUACCACUGGGGAGUCAUGAAUCUGUGGUCAUUAAAACUAUGAGGUCACUUACAUGUAUAGCUUAAGAGUAAUAAUGGUCUAGAAAAAGAAAGAACUCUGAGAAAUACAUCAGUGCUUGAAGGCUGGAGAAGAAGAGAGCUGGGAAAGCAGUGUCAAAGAAACCGAGGAGUUGGAGUUGGAGAGGAAAUUUGGCAAUAACAUGGCCAUUGACUUUUUUGGUGUUUUAAAGAGAAUAACAGAGCCUCUGUUAUGCACCUAAAGCCAUACUGGAAACUCCAGAAGAAAGUGCGACCUUUGGAAAUCAGCAAGGAAACUCUGAGAACUCCUAUGAGCCACCAACAGGCUAUAAAUGAUGAAAAGUGCAAAGCUAGCUGUAUGAAACCAAGUGUCUUUCCUUCAGCCUCUCUUGGUAAAGCAUCAUCUCGAAAGCGUUUUGGAAUCCUUUCUCCAAAUGUUCUGUGCAGUAUGAGUGGGAAGAGUCCUGAAGAGAGCAGCUUGAAUGUUAAAACCAAGAAGAAUGCAUCGUCUGCAACAAUCCACCAGGGUGAAGAAGGGGAAGGGCCGCUUGAUAUCUGGGCUGUUGUGAAACCGGGAAAUACCAAGGAAAAGAUUGCAUUCUUUGCAGCCCACCAGUGUAGUAAUAGAAUAGGAUCUAUGAAAAUAAAAAGCUCCUGGGAUAUUGAUGGGAGAGCUACUAAAAGAAGGAAAAAAUCAGGGGAUCUUAAAAAAGCCAAGAUACAGUUAGAAAGGAUGAAGGAAGUCAACAGCAGAUGCUACCAACCUGAGCCUUUUGCGUGUGGCAUCGAGCACUGUUCUGUGCAUUACGUGAGUGACAAUGGGGACGGAGUCUAUGCCGGGAGGCCUUUGUCGGUCAUACAAAUGGUUGCCUUCCUCGAGCAAAGAGCCAGUGCUCUGCUAGCCAGUUGUGCGAAAAACUGCACUAACUCACCUGCUGUGGUGCGGUUUUCUGCGCAAUCCAAAGGUGUGCCCCCAGCCCCCGAGCCCUUGUCUGCCCCAGGAGCAUGUGAAGAACCCAUGGAAAGGAGAAAUCCUGAGGUUGGUGAGCCAGUGAGUGAGCCAGUCCGUGUCCUUGACAUGGUAGCCAGGCUGGAGUCCGAGUGCCUGAAGCAGCAGAGCCAGCGUGAGCCUGGAAGCCUCUCGAGGAAUAACAGCUUCCGUCGCAAUGUGGGCCGCGUGUUGCUUGUGAAUGGCACCCAGGCUGAGGAAAGCAAAACAAACAAAGGCGCCUUGGAGGUACCUGACACUCAGGUGAAAACUGUGGGGUCUGUAUCUGUGGACUGUGGCCCCUUAAGAGCUGACCAUUGUUCUCCUAAGGGGGACCAGGCCUGGGACGGCGCUCCUCGGGGCUGUCCCUCAUUGCCAGCAGGCGUGAGUUUGCACACGGACAGUGCAGAAUUAGAGCCAGAUCAGCAGACUGCCGUGAAAAACAGCAAUAGACAUGAUGUGGAAAUGACAGAGGAACUUGUUGGGUCACCUUUUCCUCCUCGCACCUGUCCCAAAGCCAUUGAAUUGCCCCCAGAUGCUAUUGAUGGUAUGAGUGAAGAGCUUGUGCCUCUUGCUAGCCAAAAUCCUGAUCAGAGAAGAAAAGAAUCUUUGUGCAUUAGUAUCACUGUGUCCAAGGUAGAGAAAGACCAGCUUUCCAGUUCAAAGUCCUGCGAAGACCCACUUCCAGGGAUGUUGUUUUUUUUGCCAUCUGGUCAGCACCAGUCGGGCUGUUCCCAGCUGAAUGAAAGCACAACAGAAGAGUCUUCCGAGGCCAGUCAGCUUGAAGAUGCUGCUGAGGGUGACAGUGCAUCUGAGGAAAAAAGUGUCUCGGCUCAUUCAUUUGUCCCGCUGGCUUCUGUGGAAAGUACAUUACCAGUGCUUGAGGCAUCCAGUUGGAAGAAGCAGGUGUCGCAUGACUUUCUGGAGACCAGGUUUAAAAUCCAGCAGCUUUUGGAGCCUCAGCAGUACAUGGCUUUUCUGCCCCACCACAUUAUGGUGAAAAUCUUCAGGUUACUUCCCACUAAGAGUUUAGUGGCUCUUAAAUGUACCUGCUGCUAUUUCAAGUUUAUCAUUGAAUAUUACAAUAUCAGGCCAGCAGAUUCUCGCUGGGUUCGGGAUCCACGCUAUAGAGAGGAUCCGUGCAAGCAGUGCAAGAAAAAAUAUGUGAAAGGGGAUGUGUCCCUGUGCCGAUGGCACCCCAAGCCCUAUUGCCAGGCAUUGCCCUAUGGGCCGGGAUACUGGAUGUGCUGCCACCGGUCUCAGAAGGGCUUCCCUGGCUGUAAGCUGGGGCUUCAUGACAAUCACUGGGUCCCUGCUUGCCAUAGCUUUAAUCGGGCAAUCCAUAAGAAAGCAAAAGGGACUGAAACUGAAGAGGAGUACUAAAGUUAUGUGCGAGGCAACAGACUGAUGUUUAAAACUGCAAAACACCACCUAGAUAUGCCGUUCCAGUGAGUGUUGCCUCUCAGUCUUCGUUCCAGGAGAAUCUCUGCUACUCCAUCAGGACCGCCAUUGCUCAGGCAUCUUAAAUCUCUGAAUUUACGAGCUGUACAAGAAAAUCGGUCUCAUCGUUUUAUAGUGGUGCCUCAUGUUUGAUCCAGGGCUGUAUCCCACAGUUUGAUCCACUUGGCUGUGAAUAACUAUGCCUGUUUUCCCAAAUCAAAUCCUUCUUCAAAGGAUUGUUCAAAGAACACUUGCCACCGUCAAGAAUGUUCAGCAGAGUUCAUCGCAGACUAUGCAGGCAAUCCCCAAAAAGGGGUUCUGGGCAUGUUUUGAGCACUGGCACCAUAUCUGAAAUAAGUGAAUAGUGUCCUAUGAAAAGAAUAGCAGUACUCUUGGGUGAAAAGUAUGCUUACAAAGAAAAGUUAGGCACCUUACCUUAGACCUUGUAUGCUUGAUCUGUGAGAUUGAUGUUUGUGGUUGGAGAUGGAUUUCAUGCCCUGUGGUGUUUACAGUGUAUAUAAUGGUUGUGUUUUCAUAGGGCUAUGAAAGUGCACAUUAAACCUGAGCGCCUUUACUUUAGAUGAGUGCUUUUGGCCCCUCUGUAAAUAACACUAUUAAAAUCCAGUUGUAAAUAGCGGACAGCUGACUGAACAUAAUCACCACAAUGCAGCUAGGAUAGUGUUGCAGCUACAACUGUGUGGAUUUUUUUUGGUUUUUUGGUCUCGUCUCAAAUUUGUAUAAAAUAUGAAUGUUUCCCAAAUAAACUAUGAAUGUUUUCUGUGUAAUAUAUGAAUGUUUCUGAGAAGAAACUCUAAAUAGUUAAGAGGUUAACUUGUUGAAAGGAUACCAAAUAAUGGUUUAACUGGACAACCUUAAAAAAUUAGCAUAGAGAACAAUCCUUUGUUAUAUUUUAGUGAUUCACCAAGAAUGAGAGAAUAUUAUAUAGUCAGAUUAUAACAUUCUUGUCUAUUUUAUUCUUCCUGUCUGGUUACAAAUUUUUUUUAACUUCAAUAAAAACAUGCAUCUUAAAUGG